AUGGACCACGUCUCUGGUAAAACCGAUUAUCAGCCAACUAGUUCCAGUCUCCGUCGCGUCUAUCCUGUUUCUAUCCCUAAUACCAAGUUUAAUAUUGAACCACAGCGUUUGCUGAUUGCAUCUCAGGACGAAUUGAGUGAGCGUGAGCAACGUCUUCAAGCAGCACUGUCUGCCGUUCGCACAGAACUUGAGCAGGAAAAUCCCCUAUUGCCCUCACUGACUUCUACCAUGCAGCGUCGUUCUUUACGCUCACAAUCCAACCUACAUAAGCCAUUGUCAGGUGUGAAUCCUCUCUCCAUACAACCGUUCGGAGUGCCUCUUUUUUCGUUGCCUUCUAACCAUAUGAUUUCCUCAGCUCCUAUUUCCAUGCGUACCUCUGCUCAACGGCCCGACCUAAAUAAUGACGCUCAGUCGAUUUUUGGCGCAAAAAACUCCUCGUUGUGGUCA